AUGAAUUUGCUUAUAAGUUGCUUCUCAUCUUUUGCAUGUUUGUUGCUUUUUACUUAUUUUACCAUUUCGAACCAGAUCAGCAACAGUCCAGAAUAUUGUUGCACGCAUCACCCUGGCCGAAAAAUCCGAAGCGUGGUCCCACUUGACUGCCAACUUGGCCAGUGGGCACCAUGGACAAUGUGUUCGCCUUGUGAAACGAAAAAGUCCAGAUAUAGAAAUCUGAAGAGACCAGCCAUACUUGGUGGUAGCAGGUGUAUUGGAUCUCUCUGGGAAGAAGUUACUUGUCAAACAUCUGAACAAUGCGUUCCGAAGAAUAACUGUGGUGAUCAGUUUCAAUGCAGUUUAGGUCGAUGUAUUAAAAGACGUUUACUGUGCAAUGGUGAGAAUGACUGUGCUGAUGCUUCAGAUGAGGAAAGCUGUGAUUCUAAUGAUCCAGAUGAGAGUAGAACCUUCUGCAGUGACUUGUUUUCAAUCCCAGGUUUACAAGUAAUUAUGAUUGGCUAUAACAUCUUAACAAAUGAAGUUGGAAGACCUGUUUUAGAUUCUGGAUUUGGUGGAUAUUGUGAGUAUGUGUACAAUGGGGACUGGAGGGACCUGCGAUAUGACAGUGAGUGUGAACGCCUCUACUAUAACGAUGAUGAGAAAUAUUUCAGAAAACCAUACAAUUUAUUUAAAUACCGCUUUGAGGCAAUUGCUGAUUCUGGAUUCACCGUGGAGGUUCACAAUGACGUUCAUAGUUUAAUGACAGCAGUGAAGACUGCGGACUCUUUUGAAUUUGGACUCGGUUUGAAAAUUUCUAUUUUCAGAGCUACAGUUGGGUUUGCAGAUUACUCCACAUUUAUUAAAAAUGUAACACAAUUUGUGGGAAAGGACGUUAAUUUUGUUCGUGUUCGUACUAAAAUUCAAACUGCUCACUUCAAAAUGAGGAGAUACAAUUUACUUUUGGAUGAAGAUAUGGCUCAAUCCCUUAUCAAGCUUCCAGAUGAAUACAAUUAUGGAAUGUAUGCUAAAUUCAUUGCAGAUUAUGGUACACAUUACUAUGCUUCAGGAACGAUGGGAGGUGUUUAUGAAUUCAUAAUUGUCUUUAAUAAGAACGCAUUGGCAGAGUCAGGUGUGACUGCAUCCGAAGCUGGAUAUUGUGUUGCAGGAUCACUAGGAGUAGUGAUGUCAAAAGGAAUGUUUGAAGUAGGUUCAGCCAUAGAGGCCAAAGUUUGUGGAAAUGUAACUGAUUAUAAAAAAACUUCAAAAGGUUCAAGUAGCCUUGUAGAAGAUGUUCUUCCAUGUGUAGUAGGGGGAGACCUUAAAUCAAGUGCUGGACUGUUAGGUCGAGGAAUACCAGAUGUCAAAAUGUAUCGACGUUGGGGUAAAUCUUUGAAAUACAUGCCAGCUAUCAUUGAUUUUGAGGUCAUGCCAGUUUAUGAUUUGGUGGCCAGAAGUAAUCUUCACUCUAUUGAAAUCAAGCGACAAAAUUUAAAAAGAGCAAUGGAAGAGUACUUGGCAGAGUUUCAUCCCUGCAGGUGCUCUGUGUGCUAUAAUAAUGGAAAAGCAGUUCUUAUAAACAAUGUCUGUACCUGUGAAUGUCUGCCUGGUUAUGAAGGGAAAGCAUGCCAGGAAACUAAACGAAAGGGGCCCACUAAUGGAGAUUGGGGCUGUUGGUCGGGAUGGACACCAUGCCAAAAUGGUUUGAAACAGCGGACACGAAACUGUAAUCAUCCACCUCCUAAAGACGGUGGUGCCACAUGCCUUGGAAAGAACACACAAACCCAGUAUUGUUAA